AUGGCAGAUCUGAUAAGUAGUCUCCAUGACGAAAUAAUUUGUUAUAUUCUUUCUUUUCUCAAAUCCCGUGAAGCUGUUGCAACCAGUGUUCUUUCCAAGCGCUGGAAUCUUCUGUGGCGUUCAGUCCCCUCUUUGGAUUUCGACACUGACGAAUAUUUUUCCCUUCUCAAAUGCAAAAAGGAUAUCCAUACGUUUUAUAGCUUGGUGUGUUCUUUCUUGGCUGCUCGCAGAGAUCAACCCUUCUAUAGAUUUCGUCUCAGAUGUUACUUUUCCGUGUAUAUUUUUAAAAGUAUCAGGACUCGGAUUCAGAAUGCAGUGAGUGAAAGUGAUAGAGUUCAAAUCCUCGACCUCAAGUGUGAUCCGGUCAUUGUCAUUCCAUCUGUGGUGUUUAGCUUUAGAACUCUUGUAACUCUCAACUUCUUUCUGGGUGUCCUAAUCUUGAGGACUUGA